GAAAAAAAGAAUCAAUCCUCCCAGCACCGACCGGAAGCAGGGGAACCAAGAUGGUGGCCGCCUCCCCUUCCCCUUCGGCGGCGCCGCCCGCCACCGACUCCGCCUCACCUUCGGCGGCCUCACCUUCGGCGUCGCCGCCCGCCACUGCCGCCACCGCCUCCGGCCGCCCCCACCCGUCCUACACCAAGAUGAUUACGCAAGCGCUGACGGAGCUUGGGGGCACCAGCGGCCGCGCAGCCAUCGCCGGAUUCAUCUUGGGGCGCUUCACCGGCCUCCCCGCCGCCCACGACCACGACGCGCUCCUCUCCGCCCACCUCCGCCGCCUCGCCGCCGAGGGCGUCGUCCGCGGCUACGGAUCGAAAUCGAGAGCCUGCUACGUCUUCCCCGCCUCCGACACGCGCGGACGCGGCCGACCACGCGACGCCGCAACUCGCCUCCCCAAGAAUCAUCUAAAUUUGGAUCAUGACGACGACUCCCAGACGAUUUGGCCGGCCCCAUUCCCCUUGGCGACUUGUGUAAAUCCAGAUUGGGAUCCCAAUUCUGCUUCCAACCAGAAUUCGGUUCCCAAUCUGGAUCUGGAUGGAUUCCAGAGUAACACCAGUGAUGAUGAUGUGGCCUACAAUGGUGAGCAUGAGCAUGAUGAUGAAUACACUCCUCGGCCUGUGCCGGCAGCAAAGCGCGGGCGCGGCCGUCCUCCUAAGAUCAAGAGAGGGCGUGGGAGGCCGAGAAAGGAGGAGCAACAAUCACAGCAAGCAACAAAGCAUCCUCCAACUCCAACCGCGUCGUCAAGGUGGGGGUUCAAGCUAGGGUGUGGGAGACCAAUGCUAGCUCCUACAACUGGACACGAUGCUGAAGCUGGAGAUGCAAUGCCUGCUGAAACUGGAAGCGCUGCUUCUGCGGGAAUCAAGAGACCACGUGGGAGGCCAAGAAAGGAGAAGCCAGCAGCAGCAAUGUCUGCUCAAGCUGGGGAUGCUGCGUCGGCCGGGAUCAAGAGAGGGCGUGGGAGGCCAAGCAAGGAGAAGCCUGAUUCUGCAUCGGCCGGGAUCAAGAGAGGGCGUGGGAGGCCAAGAAAGGAGAAGCCUGAUUCUGCAUCGGCCGGGAUCAAGAGAGGGCGUGGGAGGCCAAGAAAGUAUAAUCCAGCAGCAGCAGUAUCAGCUGAAGAUGGAGAUGCUGUGUCAGCAGGAAUGGCUUGAGAAUCCAAUUCCAAGACCAUCAGCCUGCCUGUGAUAUUGUGUCGAUGGUGAUGAAUAGAGAGUGCUGGCCUGCCUUUGAAACCUGGUUUGGAGACAUGACAGAAGCUAGUCGUCGUAAACAACAAGAGGAGGUUGAAGAAGAAAAAGUCUUUGGAACUGGGUCUGGUGGGAUGUUUGCAAACAACAAGAGGAGGUUGAAGACGCUGGAUGCGUACCGGUUUCUGUAGAGAAUGCUGCUCCUGUCGAGGCUGUAGUAGGUAGGUGUGAUUUUAGUCUAAUCUGGGCAUGACACAGUGAGUGCUCGGUCGGUUGAUGCUUGUACAUUCUUGUUUGCUAAAUCUUAGUCUCCUUAGUUAUUAUUUCUGGUGUCAAAUUCAUAUCACAUACUGUACUUAUAUAGUACCAGUACUAGAUUCUCUAUUUCCCGUUAAGUUCUUUUAUUUAUGUGUUUUUUUGUUC